CCCCGCACACGUGAUUGCCGUCGGUGGGAGAUUCGUCCAAGAGUCGACGAGGGUUGAGCGGAAAUUUGUUUCCGACUCGGGACGACGAACGGACGACGAAUAUGUCACGGCAAACGGCACUGAUGAGUCCCAAUCAUUGCGCAGUGAGACGCCGCAGAGUUGGUCGAUUGUUUCGAGUGUUGGGAGUUUCGGAGAUUAUGACCAGAGACACGCUGUCGGCAAGUUUGACAAUGAGGAAGGAACGACGAGCUUCUCUCUGGCCAGUUCCUGUUGGUGCACCACACCAACACUGGCAUCCGGAAGUGACGUAUCAGGAGGCGGCUAUUCGGCAAACGCUCGGCUGGAUUCGCCUCUCACGGGGGACUUCCGGAGCCGCAGCAACAUUGUCUUGCGAAGGUCCCAUUCGUCCCUUCACGCACGCCUUCGAGCCCUUCGUCCAGCGGACCAGAUUCAUGCUGGCAGCUCGGUGUUGGUCAUGUUAGGAGGCAUCAAUCCUGAAGAUCCAACGAGAGAGGACUUGGGGUCUGCUAUGCUUCGUUACCUCUUCGACGACGACGAAUGGGAACUGUGUGGAUUCAUGCCUCACGCCAGGAGCUACCACACCACCGCACACGUGGGAAACUGUAUUUACGUUAUUGGCGGCUUCAAUCUCGACGCGCUGGAGUACGAAGGGCCCGCACCGUCCGCGUACUGCUUCUGCCUGGACAUCGAGACGAUGACGUGGAAGAAGUGUCCUCCCAUGAGCCAGGCAAGGGCGUGCCACGCCUGCGUGGCUGUCGGAGGAGCGCAUUUACGUCGCCGGAGGCAAGGACAACACCGGCAGGAUAACGAACACCGCUGAAUUCUUCGAUGUCGACGCCGGUCGUUGGGUGAGCGUUCCCAACCUCCCACGACCCUUGAUGGCGUCGGCUGCCGCGCAUUUCAACUCCCGCAUUUGGGUUCUCGGCGGUGUCACGUACUCGAGGGCCGACCGCUGCAAAGUCACCGGCGCCGUCUUCGAGUUCGACCUUCAGCACGGCCGCUGGUUCCAGUCGGUGAGCCUAUGGACGCCACUGGCGCACUCGCUGGCGCUGACCACAACGGACUCGUCCGGCCAACGGCUGUGGCUGUGGGGAGGCGCGGACGAGAAAGGCCGCUCGGUGGGCGAGCUACGCCUGUGGAAGCCAGACCGGCGUGUCUGGAAGGCCACCUGCCGGCUGCAGCGUCCGCGACACGCAUUCUGCGGUGCCGCCAUAGGGGACUUGAUGUGCAUCCUGGGAGGCACGGACUCCCGAACCCGAGCUGCCACCGACGCCAACACGCGGGUCGACGUGGCCGCGAGAGAGGUCUACGCUGCCCGCCCUCUUCCGUACCCCUUGACCGGAGCCAGCGCCGUCGUGAUCCCACCUCAACAAAGGCCGCCUUCGGCUCUAACCACGCAGCACUCGGAUGACGAUAGUACGGACGGGAAUGUGUGCAAUUUGCGGACCGUGUACCGCCGCUACCGCCAGCGCAGGAAAGUGAAAGAUGACGAUGAAACGACAGAAUCGCAGUUUCCCGCGGUCGGCGUCUACGAAACGACGAGGAUCUUGGACUCGACUUUUGACAGCGCAAGAAUACGACGCCAGGAAAUUUUAAGGGAACAGUCGCCAGUACAUGGGACGAAGGAAGAACGCCUCGCUAUGGAAAUCCGAGACACCUCGAAGCAGCAGCGAAAGGAACUCGAGAAAAAGAGGGAGACAUUGUGUUCGGAGGCCACAGGUCGCCGGCACUCUUACCAGAUCCUGGCUCCCUCGGUCGACCCAAACCUGGGACUCGCCCUCAUGCUCGAAUCCGACGACAAGACGUGCAGCGCCCCGUACUCGGAUACCGCGAUGGUGAUCGACUCCAUCAGGCGGUGCAAAAAGAUCUCUUCCGCAGCCACAUGGGGCGUCCUGUCUUUCGGCGGCAUCGAUUUAAAUCGACCGGCUUGCCAAGAGAUAGGUCGUUUGGCCUUGUACUUUGGAGCACUCAAGAAUGGCUGGGAGAAGCUGGACCCCAUGCCCGAGCCGAGGAACUACCACACGGCUUCUGUCGUGGGUGACGAAGUCUUCGUCGUUGGGGGCUGCGAUCCGAGCCGGACCCGCUGUGACGAGAUGCUGUCCUCGGACUCGGUCUUCUGCUUCUCGAAGGGCCAGCAGUCCUGGAGCGAGAGGGCCAAGCUUCCCGAGGCGCGGGCUUUUCACGGGGCCGCCGUGGUGGACGACCAACUGUACGUCGUCGGAGGUCGCGACCAUAGUGGCAGUUACCUCGAUACGGUUGCAGUGUACAGCCCCAUGCUGAAUGCUUGGUCUGUGCUGCUGACUUUGCCGGUUGCUCUAAUGGGAGCUGCGGUUGUGGCGUACCAAGGGAGAAUAUGGGUGAUCGGAGGAGUCGUCCUGGACAAGAAAGGUGCACCCGCGAAUUCUCCCAAGGAGCGCCCGCUGGACGAUGUGUUUAUCGUUGACACGCGCCGUCGCAGGUGCUUUAAAGGGCCUGCCCUCCCUUUCCCUUGCGCCUUUGGAGCUGGCGCCGUCAGUGCCAACCAAAUCUGGCUCUGUGGUGGCUUGACUCCAGACGAGAGAGGCAAACUAAGGAGCACGUGCAACAUCUACGUUCUCGACGACGAUACCUGGGUGUUCUACGACGUCCUUUCCCUCAACAGGCACGCUUUUCCGGCUGCCAGCUACGCCGACAUGUUUGUGAUGGUGUUCGGAGGCGUGAGCACGAGCUACGAGGGAUCCGUGGACGAGUGCGAGGUCUUCUACACUGGCCCUGGCCACGGGAACCUCCGGCUCCGGUCCCCACCGUUCCGUCUCGCGGGCCACGCAUGCGUAGUACUGCCUCCGAGGGGCGGGGCCACCCUCAAUGUUCGCGACAUCUGGCGGCGGAUGUGUGAAGUUGCGCAGCCAACCUGACGUUCGCAUUAGCCUGCGUUAACUCGAUUUUCAUUACAUAACUCCCUGCUACUUCGUUUCUGUUAUCCGUGCUCCAUUUAGAUGCAAAUAUAAAAACUCCGCUACCACGUUAUUCACGGGGAAAUGUUUUGUGUACCAGCUCUAAUUAAUAUCCGGCUAUAUCUUUCUCCUCGUAAAUCAGUCUAAUCCCUUAAGCGAUCUUAGAACUUUUGUACACACUCAUGUCAACUAUAAAAUUAUCGCUUGUGGAAACGCAAUUGUCACAGGUCUCCCACAGAGCGCAUUCAGAACUAUUUGGUAUCACCACUGGUAGUUUGUACAUUUCUGAUAUAGUACAUUCCCAACGACGUCAUUACAAGAUUUUGUUUACGCAAUCUUUAUUACGAUAUUAUACUAAUCAACUUUCUUUCGUAUUUAGUGAAAGUAAUUUAUCGAUAAAUAAUAUUCCACUAGAUUCGCUGUAUUCAUUCCCUAGAGUGCGUAAUAUAGUAAUGGAAAAAUUACUUCGGCAGGCAUUUAAAGCUACUAUGGAAACUUUUGCCAGAUGCUUUGAAAUUCUUAAAUCAUAUCCUAGAUUUAAGUUAUCCCUGGUAAGGUUUUAUUUUUAAUAAUCUUUAUUUGUGGUUGAUAGUCUUUCGUACUAUUUUUGUUCCUUAUUCUUGCAUUGAUCGAAAUGUAUUUUUUAAUUUGCAUUUGAUACUGCUAUGGUGUUUCAAUUUCUUUUA